CAGGGAGAUGAACUGAUAUCUGUGAAUGGGGUGGACGUGUUGGGUAAAUCUUCCUUUGAAGCAUCUUCACUGUUACUAGGCCCAAAUGGGACAUCUGUGAAUAUCAUGGUUAAGCAUGGGAAUUGUGGACCUGUCCAGUCCAUUGAUGUGGAGAGGCAAUCUAUUGCCAAGACACCGGUUUUUUACCGGCUGGAGCAGAUUGAAAGUGGUUCUACUUCUGUUGGUUAUGUGCGCCUAAAGGAGUUCAAUGCAUUGGCCAGAAAAGAUUUGGUUACUGCAAUUAAGCGACUUGAAGGCAUGGGUGCCUCAUCUUUUGUUCUUGAUCUCAGAGAUAACCUUGGUGGACUAGUGCAGGCUGGCAUUGAAAUUGCAAAACUUUUUCUGAAUGAAGGAGACACGGUUAUUUACACUGUCGGAAGGGAUCCACAGUAUUCAAGAAAUAUUAUUGCGGAAGCACCACCUCUUAUUACAGCUCCAGUAAUUGUUUUGGUUAACAAAAGUACUGCAAGUGCUAGUGAAAUUGUUGCAACUGCACUUCACGAUAAUUGCAGAGCUGUUCUCGUGGGAGACAAGACAUAUGGCAAGGUCUGAAUUUCUAGUUACUUGGCCUUUGGUUUCUCUUUUCAAUAUUUGAACUUCUUUAUUGGCACACUAGUUAAUAUUAAGCACACACUACAAAUUGUAAAGCAACUUUUGUCGACGGCGCAGUAUAUUUAUCAAUUACUCCUUCACCCCCAAUUGUUAACAGUAUAGUAGAAAGAGCACAUCGGCUAUGUAAGGCUUCUUUUUUUUCCUCCAGAAAGUGUUUCCAAUCAUCUCAAUGCCUAAGUAGAACCAAAUAAAUUUCUUGAAUGUUGGAUUACCAAAUUCAAAAUGCUGUGUAUGCCACUCAUGUUCUGAUGACCUAAUUGAAUGUGAACCUUUACCAUCACUCUUUCCUUAACCUACUUUCUGCUUUUGCAUUAUUUCAUCCUAUUUGCCAGUCCUCAAAGAGGUACCAAAUCUUGAUAUAGACUCACUUCGUUAAUUCUCUAUCAUUGACUAAAAAGCACAGUAGAGAUAAAUUGAAUAUGUACGGGACAUGGGAAUUUGUGGGGAUGAUGUAACUGUACUGGCCUGAGGCCAAAAAUUAAUGCGCAUGGGGCUCUGACGACCUUUUGUGUGUAGUCCUGCUUAUGUAAAAGUGAUCUAAAGGAAUCCGUAACUAGUCUGGUGCCUCUAUUUGUUGUUGCAAGGACUAAUAGACCUCUACAGUGGCCACUGUAACUAGCAGACAAAGGAAAAAACAAUUAGCAUUAGUAAUGAUUAACAUAUUCAUUUGUUCUGAAGA